GUUUUGGUGACGUCAUGUGUGGUUGAGACAGAGUGGGCUGGGCUGUGGUCCUCUGCUCUCGGCUACUUACCUCUCAAAUAACACUAAUACGAAUCUUUAAACCUAAUAUAGGAAUACACAAAAAUCCCAUAAUGAGUUAGAGGACUGUAUGUGGUGUGUGCCAGCGCACUGAAUCAUGGGUCGGUGCAGAGUCCCUCUCCUCCUCCACCUGCUGCUCCUGCUGCAGGCCCUGCACACAUCGGCUGAGGGCUCAGAUGGACAGUUGACGUGUCUGUUUGACUGCCCAAAAUGCCCCCAGGCCACCCAGUGCCCCGGUGCCCGCUGCUUCUCCUCCAUAAACCUCGACAGCAGCGGGGUGGUGUUUAAGCACGGCUGCCUGGUCGGGCUGGAUAACAUCCAUCUGCAGUGCUCCACUGCUCCAUCCUUCAGACAAGCCAUCUUCUGCUGCUCCCAGGACAUGUGCAACGACAACAACACCAGGAGUUUGCUGAGGUCUUUGCUGCCAACAGCCCCAGAAGGGGAGCCUGUUCGGUACCGUGUGGAGACGUUGGCUCUCUUUGUGCUCGGUCCGGUGGUGGUGCUGGCUCUGCUGUCUGUGGUGUCAGUUCUGGCCUGCAGGAGGCUCCACCACGGCCGUCUGCAGAGGCUGCAGGAGUUCGACAAUGAGCAGGGAGCCAUAGACGGCCUCAUCACCUCCAAUGUGGGAGACAGCACUUUAGCGGACCUGUUGGAUCACUCGUGCACAUCGGGCAGCGGGUCGGGUCUCCCCUUCCUCGUGCAGAGAACCGUGGCCCGGCAGAUCAGCCUGAUGGAGUGUGUCGGCAAAGGGAGGUACGGGGAGGUGUGGCGGGGCCAGUGGCAGGGCGAGAACGUGGCUGUAAAAAUCUUCUCCUAGGAUGAGAAGUCCUGGUUCAGGGAGACGGAGAUCUACAACACUGUGCUGCUAAGACAUGAAAACAUACUGGGCUUCAUGGCGUCUGACAUGACGUCUCGCAACUCCAGCACCCAGCUGUGGCUCAUCACCCAUUACCAUGAGAACGGCUCACUUUAUGACUACUUGCAACGAGUUGCCGUGGAGACGUCAGAGGGCUUAGCGAUGGCUGCGUCGAUAGCCGGCGGCCUGGUGCACCUUCACACGGAGAUCUUCGGCACAGAGGGGAAACCGGCCAUCGCACACAGAGACCUGAAGAGCAAAAACAUCUUGGUCACAAAGGAGCUGCGCUGCUGCAUCGCAGACCUCGGGCUGGCUGUGACCCACUCGCAGGCAGACAACCAGCUGGAUGUGGGCAACAACCCCAAGGUGGGCACCAAGCGCUACAUGGCCCCCGAGGUUCUGGACGAGAGCAUUCAGAUCGACUGCUUCGACGCCUAUAAGAGGGUGGACAUCUGGGCCUUUGGGCUGGUGCUGUGGGAGAUAGCAAGACGCACAUACAGCAAUGGUAUUGUUGAGGAGUACAAGCCUCCGUUCUACGAUCUGGUGCCAAAUGACCCCAGCUUCGAGGACAUGAGGAAGGUGGUGUGUGUGGAGCAGCAGAGGCCUUUCAUUCCUAAUCGCUGGUUCUCUGACCCUACUCUCUCUGCUCUGGUGAAACUGAUGAAGGAGUGUUGGUACCAGAACCCCUCUGCACGGCUCACAGCGCUGCGCAUCAAGAAGACCCUGGACAAGAUCCACAGCUCUCUAGAGAAGGGCAAGGAGUCGUGAGAAGGGGGGGGAGGAGCAUCAUGGGAAGCUGCCUGAUCUCACCGGCCGGCUCAGAGAAGACCCCCGUGUUUGUGAAACAAAAAAGGACGAUAAAGGGGGGGCCAGAGGAAAGAGUUAUUCAGGUGUCCCCCAGCCUCACCCUUCUCUGUGGUUGACACCCAUCUCUCUGACGAGCUCACAGACGUUUGGACCGGCUCUGUCUGAACACGCCAGCCUUUGUUACAGGACACACACACACCUUGUGUUCGCACUGACCUGAACUACAGACUGUUACUGAGUGUGAAGAACAGGGAUGGCAUAUUGUAGUACUCCAUCCCAAUGCUUUAAUGCCCGCGUAAGACUGCGCACGCACACACACACACACACACACACACCUGUGUUCGUGGCAUUCUGCUCAGAGACAAUCAGAAGUGUUUCACUCAUUUAGCUUUACCAAAACAUGCCAACUAUUGCCACAAAGACACACACUAUGUUCACUUACAAGAGGAAAAGAGCCAAUGGAACUACAUUUGUUUGUUUUUAACUUUUUUUUUAAAUGCUAUGAUAUUUAUUAAACUCCAAGGCUUCCACACUACUGAGGACAUGUAAGACUGAUGGUAGGUGAAACUGACUUUAUACAUAUAUAGGCAUUUACUCUACUGGACUCACUGUACACAUACUGGCAUUAUUGGAACUAGUAAGAAAUUAUUUGUUGAGAAAUGGAGGGGAAAAAGUA